AUGAAUUUGAUAGAAUUUUAGAUUCUUGAUAAAAACUUUGACUAAGAUGGAAAUAAGACAAUAGAAUACCUAGACAGCUAAAAUAAUGUUAUGUAUUGAGUAACACUAUGUAGUGGUAAUGGAUAAUACGAAAAUUUCUAAAAAAGUGGCACAUGGACAGAAGUAAUUGAAGUUUAUGGAGAAUACAUAAUAACAGCUAAAGGAGAUUAUAAUCAGGAUAAAAAAUAAGGAAAGUGGACAUAUUCUAUUAAUGACUAAACCUUGUAUAAAUUUAAUUCUAUUAUUAAGAGGGACAAAAACAUAUAACCAAGACAGAGAAAUUGGGAAUUCCUUUAGCUAUUUCAUUUAUAGAUAGCCUAAUAUCUCCAAUAACAUUUGGUAUUUAGUUGAAGAAUUCCUUCUUUAUGAAGGGAAAAGAAUUACUCAAAGCUACAUUUUCAAUUUUAACAAAUUUAUGUAAUAAACAAAUUCCAUUUAGAUAAUGUGGAAAUUAUUUGAUGGGAGGCAUAAAAAAAGGAAAAUGGAUAGAAUUAGAGUAAAACUCAAUUAUAUUUGAUCAAUAAAAAUAAAUAUACAGCUUUAUUUGUUCAGAAGGAAGUUAUGCUGAUGGAUUGAAAGAAGGACCUUGGGAGUCAACAUUAUAUGAACAAUAUGAACAUCAAGUUCAUACUCAUCUUGUUUCUAAGGGUGAGUAUUAGAAAGGCAAGAAAACAGGAAAUUGGACCGAACCAAUUGGAUAUUCAUCAAAAGCAACUAUGUAGACAAUCAUUACAGGAAAUUAUGAAAAUAACUAGAAAAACGGACACUGGUCAUUGGAGGAUGGAUAAAAGGAUUUAUAUCCAGAUGAAGAUUAUGAUCAUGAGGGAAAUUAUAAUUUGGAUAAGAAAGUUGACAACUGGAAGGAAAUUAGAAUUUAUUAGAACUUUCAUGUUGAUUCCAUUAUGUAUAUUUCAAUUUUUAAUGUAGACGUAUCUAAGAUGAAGGUCAGUACAAUGAUGAUGGCCAAAGGAAUGAUAAUUGGACUUCUAAAACAUCUGGACACACUGGAAAUUACUUUUAUUAAAAUGGAGUUUUAAAUGGAGAAGCAGAGUUAUAUGAUUGUAUUGGAAACUUAAAAAUCGUUUUGUAUAUUUCUAUCAUCUAUAAACUAGAACUCGAUCAAAAGGAUAAUUUAACAAUGGGAAGAAAAAUGGGAGAUGGAAAACUUCAAUUAACAUCGAUGAAAAAUGGAUGCUAUAGUAAUAAAUGCAAAUAUAAUUUAGUGAUGUUGGUGAAUAUGUUGAUGAUAUUAAGGUGGGAUUAUGGCGAGAAAGCUAGUACUUUGAUCAAUACAUUUUGGAAUAGACUGAAAAAGAUUAAGGACAGUAUUGUUAUGGUUAAUUUUAGAAUUUUACUAAUUAAGGAAGGUCAUUAUGGAAACAAUGGAAAAAAGAAGGAUGAAUGGACUUGGAGAUUCAAAUGUCUAUCUGGAGAUUACAAUGAAAAUUAAAUCUUUAAUAUAAUAGGCAAAGAAGUGCACACUGAAAAUCAAAUAAUAGGAAAUAUGAUAUUGUUUGAGGAAACAUUUGGUAAAUAUUAUGCAAGAUGUACUAUUUUAUGAAUAUUUAGUUUACUUUUGUGAUAUAUUUGAUGGCUAAAUUUUUAAUGGGUAUAGAAAUGGAGAAUGGAAGUUCUCAGUAAUAUAAGACCUUAUAUAAAACGAAAUCAAUUCAAAAGAUACUGACUCUGAAUAAGAAUAGAAUCUUGAUGAAGAAGAAUAAAAUAUUGAGGAAGAAGAUCAUAAUAGUAAUAAUGAAGAAGAAUAAGAAUAAGAAGAACAUAAUGAUAAUGAUAAUAAUGAUAAUAAGGAAGAAGAAGAAAAUAAUAAUAAUGAAGAAGAAAAUGAAAUCGAAUAAUAAAACUCUGGAGAAGAAGGAGAUGAUUAAGAAGAUCCAGGAAAUUAAGUUUUUCAAGUUUAUCAAAAUGGAAUAGUUAUCCCUCCUUGA